ACGCACAAGUUGGUUAAUGCUUGCGCGUCCUUGUUCAGCAUUCGGUUUACUGUGCGUCUGGCAUCAUUAUCGAACCAAGUGCACCGGUCCAACUACUCUCCAGAGUGUCGUAGAAUGGCCUGCCAACCAGCGCCGAUACAGGGAUGCGCAGUGCUCAACGACGAAAUACGGGAGAAAAUCGUCAAGCAGUUGGAGUAUUACUUCGGCGACUUGAACUUGACUCGCGACAAAUUUCUUCGAGAGAAGAUCAAAUCCGGUUUUGGUUGGGUGGAUAUUGACGUGCUGCUGACAUUCAAGAAGCUCAGGAGCCUCACUGAAAACAAAGAAGACAUUGCUGACGCAAUCCUGAACUCAGCGAGCCCGCUUUUGGAAGUGCACAAGGAUGGGACGUUGGUGCGUCGUUGUCGCGACCAUCCGUUGCCCGCAAAUAGCGAAGAAGUUUGGAAGAAAACGGAUGAGCGAACGGUCUUUGUCAAGGGCUUCCCGCUCACGAUUUCCAUUGAUGAGCUGCUGGAAUUUUUCGGUCAGUUUGGCCAGUGCAUCGACGUGUACAUGAGACGCCGUAAAAAGAAGUUCAUUGGCUCUGUGUUCGCGACCUUCGCGACCAAAGAUGAAGCUGAUGCUUUUCUUGCCAGGGAUAGCGUAAAAUUUGAAGAGCUGAAGCUGAUGAGAGCUCCCAAGCAAACGCACCACGCCCUUCGACUCCUGGAAGAUGCCAAGUUCGAAGCAAUAGCUGUAUGCUCCAAAGAGCUCAAGUUCGUGCCCGGCUGUUUGAUGCGCGUCACGGGAAUCGAUAAAGCCACGAAGUGGAAAACCUUGAAAGAAGCGCUCACGCCCUAUGCCGAGGUGGCUUUCGUUGAUUACUGUAGGUGCGAAGGCGAAGCCGUGCUUCGUUUCGUCGAGAAAGGCUCUGCCCGUGCCGUACUUGCCAAGCUUGAGGAGCAGGGCGAAGGCUUGACUAUUGACGGUCAAUCCGUCACCGCCAACGCCCUUGAAGGAGGUGAGGAGGUCGAGUACUGGAAGAAGCUAGCCGCCAUAAAGCAAAAGCUGAGGGGCCGUCGGGGACGAAGCCGAAGCAAGAGCGUCCAGAGCGGCAAGAAACGCAAAAUCCAUGGAUAACAGGAUGGUAUAACUGGUAAUAAAGUGUUCUUGUUCUAAAACUU